AUGGCUCCAGCAACACGAUCACUAAGAAGAGAUAAGGUUGAGAGCUUGGCAGACAGUACAGAGGCGGCAGCGGAUCAACUUGUUAAUGGGGAUCUGAGCCAUCUGCAAAGGGGUGAUGAUUUGGAUGAAUAUUACUCGAAGAGGGAAGCAGCGGAGAGAGAGAAUGAUGAGAAUUCCAUGCUUGUCAAGUCAAUGCUCGCCGACUCUGGAUUCUCACAGCGGAAGCCAUCAAAGGUGCCAGAUCUAUUGAGGUUUCCCUUGGUAGUAGUUCUCAGUUUGAUGGGAAGUGGGUUGGCUUAUAGUUUGCGUGCGAAUUAUGUUGAGGCAGAGGAGUUGGGAAGCGUUAGUAGGAGGUAUCAGGGAUGGGAAGAGGCGGCGGGGUUGGUUGCGUGGAGGACUGCGGAAUUGGCAUUAGGUUGGUUUGGUAAUUAUGAUGGGUAUGAUUUUGCGGCUAUGACUUUGUUAUCUCGUGGUCCUCCAUUGUAUCUUCUAAACGCAUUCUAUGAAGUUAGCGUGAAGACUGUUGUGUCAUCUCUUCUGAUCGAUACCCUCACAACCUACAUUCCAUUCCGAUUACUUCGACCUCUUUCUCCCGCUCACGCAGACGCUCCAUCUGUACCAAACCGAGAUAUUACCUCAGAUAUUCCCGUUCAGAUCAUCACUACACUCCUAGCGGCAUCUAUCUACAGCGUCACUCUCUACGGUGCAUACAUGUCCUACAUGCCAGUUUACCUUGCUACCUAUUUCGAAGGUAUCCCAUCUAUUGCCGCCGCUCACUCCGCAACACCUACUUCUCUCCUUCCCGUUAUGUUACUUUUAGGCCUCGCAACACGUUCAUUCAUUUUCACCCCAGUUACAGCUACCAAGCCUUCAGACUCGGUACCUCCGCCAUUUAACCCUGAAACUGCUACGUUGGAAGAGACUAUUCUUUAUAACUUGUGGGGAUUUUCGAACAAAACCAGAAUUAUUAUCAAGAGAACAGCUACUUUGAUGAUGAUUACAGGGGUUGAGGCGCUCGGUGCUGUGGCGUAUUCGGGUAUCUGGGUUGUGGCUGCGGGAAUUUGUGGGGGUGUAUUGGGGUUUGUGGGUGCGGUUUAG